UUUUUAUUUGAAUGCAUCCACAUUCAGCCACUGAAGUAAAGAUAACAGUUCAAAAAUAAAGCGAGUUCUCAAACUGUGACUCAUUAUUCAGAAAAAUGCUAUAAAGCCACCUCUGACACCUAAUUGUGGUUUUCCUGAUACAAAUCUAGAGCACGAAAUUAGUUUGUGCAGGUCGAGGUUGCACGAAAUGCACUUUUUUCUACCAUGCUUCAGUUGUUGAUGCAUUCAAAUGACAUUACACUGCUGUGCUAUUUGUUCUGUUUUUCUUAUAUCUGCUAAUUGGAAUGUGAACAAUAGCAUGAUGAAUGUUUUGAUAACUGGAAUUCCCCAUAAGUCAGAAACAAUGAGGAUUCUUAUCUAGAUUAACGAAAUACUCGGUAGUUUUGUCUGUAGAUAGAAGGUGAAUCGCUAAUAUUGAAGAAUGAUCCAAUUGUCUUAUAGCUGAGACCAAGUUUAUUUAACAUGUACUGAAGCUGUUACAUUCUUCAGUAAAAACUUGAGAUCUGAAUGUUUUCAGAGUACUUUCUUGAGUUUCUUGAUUAAUUUUUCAGUAAUAAAAUAUCUUUUUAGCUCCCUUCAGUCACUGGACCUAUUUUCUAGUCUCUCUCCAAUGAUGCAAAUUAUCAUCAAAAAGCAGACACAUCCUGUUCACGGACGAGUCUUCAGCAUCAUUUCCUCUGGGACAUACAGAAAUACUAUGUGAGGAAAGUUUUUUUCCGAAACAUGUGAAACCCAAUUAAUGCAAAUGAAGCUCUGCUAUUGAAGUUAAUUGAAGUUAAGACAAAAGAGAGCACAUGCUGCUUCUUUCUUUAGAGCCAGUGCUCAGCAAAUACUCAAUAUGAUCCUAAACUGUUUCAGCUGAGGUGUUAAAUGCUUUAAUUCAUGGCUGUAGGAGGAGCUGAUCCAACAGUCGUGAUGUUCAUUUGUUCGCGCUUCCUCUUGUGAAUGUCUUGAGGUUUGAAGGUGGAGCUAAUGGAGUUCCUCUUGGUUUCAUUUACUGUAAGACACACUUGAAAUUCAGUUUUUUACACUUGCAUCUCUGCUGUUAUGGUUUCCAUCAGUGGCUUCCCACAAGAUCUUAAGUGUGUGAUGUAAAGGAUGAUUUGGAUCCAAUACCUUGCUUUUUUGUGGGCUGUAGUCAUCACGCAGAUUGGGUUUGCUCACAGUGAGAUUCUCUUCUUGAAGCGGCAUGAGGGUGAAUCUGUCGUUCUUCCCUGUGAGAUUGAACACAGGGACCCAUCGCCCUUGGGAGUCUACCUGAAACGCACCUGGCUGAAUCAUAAAGAAGUGCUGUUCAAGUACACCAAGGAAGACUUUACAGUUGACAAUUCUGCUGACAAAAGCCGCAUUAGCGUCAGUGGAGACCCGAGCCUUCAUUCUGUGAAUAUCACCAUCUCUCAGCUGAACGCCAGCGACACAGACCGCUACUACUGCGAGUUUGUCGUGGAAAAUCUUUCCUCUGCAGAUGAAAAGAUACCAUCAAAGACGGAAUUCUUCCUCCUUGUUGGUGCUGAUGUCCCUGAGUCAGUGGACACUUAUCCAGAGUACGUGAUAGAGAGAUGUGCUGGGGGUUCGGCGGUACUCCCCUGCCUCCCCCAACGUGGGGAAGGCUUGGCCGUGGAGGGGGUGAUUCUAAAGAGGCAGAAGGGUCGGGGACCUGUAGAGCUGCUGUACAACUCAAAGCAGCACCACAGCAGCAGCCGUUCUUCCUCCUCCUCUCAGUUCCCUGUUGAGAGGGUCCAGUUGUCCUCUGCGCCCGGCCCCGGCGGCAUCACCUACAACCUCACCCUGCAGCAGCUGCAGCCAGAAGACAGUGCUUUGUACAGCUGCCAGCUGCUUCUGCACGGUCAACCCGAUAGCAGUACCAGCCUAGGGAGACGUGUAUUCUUUAUUUCUGUACAAGGUGGUCAUUGGUGCGGUUGCUCCAGUUACUCCUCUCUGCUGUACGUUUUGUCAUCAGCUGUGGGCGUUCUCCUCCUCCUCCUGCUCCUCACUGGAUGUGUGUUAUGUAAAGGCAAAGCACGCCACAAUGCGAAGUCACGUAGUCCGGCCCCUAUCUACGAGGAGAUGAAGUCUCCCAGUCAAAAAGAGGCCAAUCUCCGUCUGAAGGACAUAGGGUGCUCCGAGUACAGAGACAGCCCAGCGAAGAGAUCCUCGUCAGAGAACCACUAUGAAACUCCAAGAGCAGCUCUCAACAGCAUCAGAACCUAGAGCGACACUCGCAACUCCAGUUAACACACAGAAGAAAAUGUUGCAGUUGGACAUUUGUGCCUGAACUUGGCUGGUGGGGCUCAGUUCACUUUCUGGUUUGGCGUAAAUAUUUUUCUGGCUAUGUGCAUCCUUUGUAAUAUUUUAUUGACCUGCUGCAAUAAAAUCCAUCUUGAAAUUCAAA